AUGGCACUGAGGACGGAGUUAUGGCUUGAGGAAACAGAUGGGAGGCGCUUGUACAGUAUGGUAGAGUUAGAGGGAGUUGCUAUAGGGUUUUGGCAAUGGCAGUGAAUGCUAGGCAGUCGGCUCCGCCUCCUACAUUUCUGGGUGCUGGUGACAAGACAAGGAAAAAGGUGGGAUCACUCUGCUCAUCUUGUUCACCGAGUUUUGGCUCCGAGGAUCAGGCUCCUGAGUUUGUGAGAGGCAAGCUUCUUAGUGAACUAUCGACUUGGGGCAUUGGCGGAGCUGCGCGGCUCUUUGUAGAAGUCCGAAACAGAGAGCAGCUCGUUUCUUCUAUAAGGCACUGCCGCGAGCACAACCUCAAGUUCCUGGCUCUGGGAAAAGGAUCCAAUUGCCUCUUCGACGAUCGCGGAUUCGACGGCUGUGUAAUCCUCAGUCGGAUCAACGACAUGCACGAGAAUGGCUGUGGACGCUACCGAGUUGGCAGUGGCUAUCCUUUCAAUCUCCUGGGCAUUCACACGUCAAAGCAGGGUUUCGGGGGGCUCGAGUUUGCGUCUGGCAUUCCUGGGACUGUAGGCGGGGCAGUGUUUAUGAAUGCUGGAGCUGAUGGCCAGGAAACAAUAGAAGUUCUCGAGGCGGUGGAGUUCGUCGACACGAACGGACAAACACGCGAGCUGCUGAAGAAACAAGGAGAGCUUGCCUGCAGCUACCGGAAGUCUCCAUUCCAGGGAAUGCCAGACCUUGGAGCCAUUCUCUUCGCCACCUUCCAGCUCCAGCCGUGCCCUCUCUCUCGCGACAGGCAAAGAGACUAUCUCGCCAGGAGAAAGCAAACCCAGCCAGUGAACGAGCGAAGCGCAGGGUGUGUGUUUCGAAAUCCAGGCAAGGGGUGCCAAUCAGCGGGAGCCUUGAUAGAGGCCGUGGGGCUCAAAGGGCUGAGGAUUGGAGGAGCAAAGGUGUCCGAGCUUCACGCCAACUUCUUGAUCAACACGGGCGGCGCCAAAGCCAGCGACGUCUUGUCCCUCAUCUCGGUGAUCAAGGACCGCGUGAGAGCCGAGAGUGGCAUCCAGUUGGAGCAGGAAGUACGUUACAUCCCGUACUAGAAGCUCCCUCCUCCACAACCAGGUACACGGGAGAGAGAAAAAGGAAGCUUUCAUUCUCAAUGUCUAGUGUUUGCUUUUCUUUUUGUUCAUGCUUCCUUCUCCUUCCAAGAUGUGAGUGUAAUCCUCGGCACUUGCAUAUAGAGAUUUUCUCUUUGACCCCGUUGAUC